AUGCAGCUGUACCGCCUCAGUCUGCUGGUUGCUUCCUUUGUGUCCUCUAUUGGAGCACAGUCGACCUUCUCCCCUGCUCGUCCCCCGGCUAUACCUCUCGCUGUUAGGUCACCGUACCUCAGCACUUGGCUUGAUGUAGGGAGUGAUGGUGGUAAUGGUGGGUACUUGGCUGGUCAAUGGCCUGUAUUUUGGCAGAAUCAGGUCACCGGGUGGACAGGUAUGAUCCGCGUCGAUGGCAAUACCUAUACUUGGAUGGGCCUUCCUGGGUCGAAAACCGUCAAUCAGACAGCGUUUGAGUAUACUUCGACUAAAAGUAUCUUCACUAUGAACGUGGAGAAUAAGCUUGAAAUGAACAUUACUUUUUUGUCGCCUGUUACACCCACCGACUUCAAGCGCCAGUCCCUCGUUUUCUCGUAUCUUAAUGUCGAGGUCUCUUCUCUUGAUGGCCAGGCGCAUGAUGUACAGGUCUACGCGGACAUCUCUGCAGAAUGGGUAUCGGGUGACCGGAAUGCCAUUGCAGAAUGGGAGUAUGGGACCACUGACGGUGUGGCCUACCACAAGGUACACCGACAGACUCAAUUGGCCUUUUCCGAAAACAAUGAGCAGGGCGAAUGGGGUAACUGGUACUGGGCCACCGACGACUCGAAAGACAUGACCCACCAGUCUGGUGCGGAUACCGACGUCCGGGGCCAGUUUGCCAGCAAUGGAAAACUCACCAAUGGCGUCGACACUAAUUUCCGAGCUAUCUCCUCCACCUGGCCCGUAUUCGGGUUCUCAUACGAUCUGGGCUCGGUCGAUUCGUCGCCCAUUAGCACGCUCUUCUCACUAGGUCUGACACAGGAUCAAGCUAUUCAGUACGAAGGCGCUUCGCAGUAUGCCCCAGUACCGUCCUUGUGGAAGAGUUAUUUCGAUACAGAGUUGGCCGCACUUUCGUUCUUCCACCACGAUCAUGCGGAAUCGAGCAAUCUCGCAAGCCAUUUCGAUAGCAGGGUGGCCCAGGAUUCAAUUGAAACAGCCGGCCAGGACUACCUCACUAUAACUUCGCUCGCGGUUCGGCAGGCAUUCGCUGCUACCCAGCUUUGUGGUACACAAGACAAACAGUAUCUGUUCCUGAAGGAAAUCUCUUCCGACGGCAACAUGAAUACUGUGGAUGUUAUCUUCCCAGCCUAUCCGAUUUUCCUGUACACCAACCCCGAACUCCUGAAACUCGUGCUCACUCCUCUGUUUGAAAACCAAGAGGCUGGAAAGUAUCCCAACAAUUAUUCCAUGCACGACCUAGGCUCGGCUUAUCCGAACGCCACGGGCCACCCCAAUGGCAACGACGAGAAAAUGCCUUUGGAAGAGUGCGGGAAUAUGGUCAUCAUGUCUUUGGCUUAUGCGCAGAAGUCGGGUGACUCCGACUUUUUGAAUAACCACUACACUCUACUCAAGCAGUGGACCAGUUAUUUGGUCGAGGACUCGCUUUAUCCUGCGAACCAGAUCUCUACGGACGACUUUGCUGGCUCUCUAGCCAACCAAACCAACCUCGCGAUCAAGGGCAUGAUCGGUAUUCAGGCCAUGGCAGUCAUUGCCAACCAGACUGGCCACACCGCCGACGCUGCUAAUUUCUCGAGCAUCGCCAGUGACUACAUCACUCAGUGGCAGGACCUGGCUAUUGCCAAGGAUGCUAACCCACCACAUACCACCUUGUCGUACGGCGACACCGCUAGCCAUGGUCUGCUCUACAAUAUCUUCGCUGAUGCCCAGCUGGGCCUGGACUUUGUUCCACAGUCUGUCUAUCAGAUGCAGAGCGACUUCUACCCGACCGUUGAAAAUAAGUACGGUGUGCCUCUAGAUACCCGCCACACAUACACAAAAGGUGACUGGGAGUGCUUCGCGGCAGCGGUCAGUUCAGUCGAUACUCGGUCUAUGUUCAUUAAGGAUCUCGCGACCUGGAUCAAUGAGACACCGACCAACCGAGCCCUGACUGAUCUGUACGACACUAUCUCGGGAGAUUAUCCCGGAAUUACUUUCAUCGCUCGCCCCGUUAUCGGUGGUUCCUUCGCUCCUAUCCUCGUCCGCUAG